GUGACAAAGCCAAAAUGGUCAGGAGAAGAGGGAUAUCACAGAAUCUAGAUUUUAGGUUUGAUAAGGUGAGAAAAAUUAAUGGAGGCAAAAAGAUAGACCUUAAAUUAGAAGUCUGAAAGCCAUACACAUCACUGAAGUCAGAGCUCCCAAACCAUCACUUACAAUCGAAGCUCUAAACUUUUUCUACAGUCCAUACAAUAACUCAGUUGUUUCUGGGAAAUUUAUGACUUUUAAGGACCUGCACAAGGAUAUUGAUGACUCUUGGAUGUAUGAUAUGAAAGCAGGCCAGAGACUCAAUAUCAGUAGAAAACCUAUGAACAGGAAGGGAGCUCCAAAGAAUACAGAAAUUUUUCAAAGAUCGAGCCAAAUGAGAACCCUUCAAUUCACUCUGGAGAAGUCAAUAGGAGAAGACCCGACUAAAACAUCUGACUCAUUCGGACCAAUAAGGAUGGCUCGGAAGAUGACAAGCAUUCGAGUCCAUAGUCACGCAAGGAAGAAGGUCAGAAUUAGUAAAUAUCCCAAAAUGAUAAAUUCUCCAAAUAUUCCAAGGAUCAAGAAGAAAUAACUCCCAUAAUCACAAAAGCAUAAAAAAUAGAGACAAUGACCACUUUUUUAAGAUUGAUCCAGUGCAAAAGGAAGGCAAAGAGAAUCUGCCUGUAGGGAGUAACCAGCUUUUUAGGAAAAAUCUGAAUAAAGCCCCUUACAUGAGACAUUCUGACUACAAUGUUUAUUUUAAAUAAGUCUCUGCUAAAGAAGCUAUCAGUAGCAAAUAAACCAAUCGCUGAUAAACCUACAAGAUUGGACAAAAUAAUUCAAGAAGCCUCAUCUAUUUCUUCAGCUAAAGAAACAGAUCCUGAAGAUAACAAAAGUGGUAACAAAGAAGGCCCAAGAGAGAAACAUAAAGAGGAGGACAAAAACAAUUUGCCUCUGAAAGCUUAUAGACCUCGUUUAUUCUCUCCUCAGCCUCAAGCUAGAAGAUUACAUAGACAUCAGAAAAGGAUUCUUAGUGCAAAUCCUUCACAGAGAAGAAGGAAGGUUUAUCCGAGAAAAUGUUUUUCUCCCUUAUCUGAUAGAAUAAAGGUAAAGAACAGAGAAGAUCAAAGGAAUAAGAAUAAAAUAGAACAAGUCAAAGAUAUCUUCACUUCUUUUAAAAGAAUCACAACACCAACGAAGAAUGAUAAAAAUAUGCUAUAUCUAGUAGUAAGCGAAGAAGGAGUUUCUAAAAAGAAGAUCAUUUGACAAGGAUGACAGGAGAAAUGGCUAUCCUAGAAAUCAUUUUCACC